UACAACUUUUGCUUUAUUAUUUCGCGGCCAUUUAGGGAGACUGAAUGUGAUGUGGUUUUCUGGUAGAGAUUUUGAUGAAAAGAGUCUGGAUUUCUUUACUGCACAACUUCAGAAAGCGAUCAGACACACGGCACGUCAUCCUCGGUUCAGUGCCACUCCCGAAGGAUUAGGUUGUUGGAAUAUGGAGCAAACCCACUAAGCAAGCACGGGAGCGGGAGUCCUCUGAGUGCGUGGCCGAGUGGGUCGCCCCGUGUCCGGCCUUACGUGUGCUGGAGAUCCCGCUAAUAUGGGAUGUGGACUACGGAAAUUGGAGGACCCGGAGGACAGCAGCCCGGGGAAAAUCUACUCCACUUUAAAGAGACCACAGGUCGAGACUAAAACAGACUCCGUGUACGAGUAUGUGCUACUGGACUUCAGUCUGGAAGGCAGUCGGCCUACGGUGCAGUAUCUGUCCUCGCUGUGCGAGCUGCCCCAUGCCCUGCAGUCCUACUACACCCAGGGCUAUGUACUGGCCGCCCUGCAUCCCAUCAUCCUCUCGGUGGGCCGGACCCGCUUCCUGCCCUGCAGCCUGCUCUACCGGGCCAUUCUGGUCCGCCCACGAUCCAGUAAUCAUGCAGUGCCAAUGAUUGACAGCUUGCCAGUGUUGCGAGUGGAGGAGUGGCCACUGCCCGGAGAAUCUCUGACCAGUGACACCGUGAGACUGCUCAUAGACAGGGUGAACAGCUAUGCCAGGGGUGGUGUGCGGUUUGUGGGGUCAGUGCUCCAGCAGGCUGGAGGAGGGGGGUGUAAUGGUAGGGUGCCCAGUCCCAGGAGGGGCUGCCGUUCCCCGCCCCGCACCCCACCUCGCACACCACCUGGAGAUGCAGAUCUAGAGGGCCGUGGCUACAGCCCAGACCUGAGGUUGUUGGUGCUGUUUCACUCCUGGGCUCCAGGAUGUGCCCCGCUGGAGUCGCUGGCCUGCUGUUACCACCAGGGUGCGCUGUCCAUGCGCGUGUCCAGGAAGGGUCAAGUUGUCAGUGCCCUGGAAGCUGAUUGGCUGGAAUUGACCGCAGCUUACUACCGCAAGGGCUGGUCAUUGGUCGACUCCUUUGUAUACUGGGACACGCCUAAAGGUGAGCCAGUGCCCAGGUCUCUAGAGGGGCUGUUUGUCUAUGAGGAGAAAAGCACAGCGCCACCUGCCAAUGACACGAUUGUAGUGGAGCAGUGGACCGUUAUAGAGGGUUCAAAUGUAAAGACAGACUAUGGUCCUCUGCUCCACACGUUAGCAGAAUUCGGCUGGCUGCUUACCUGUGUGCUGCCCACCCCAAUUAUUCGCCAUGACAGUGAAGGGAAUCUCGCCACCAAGCAAGUUGUUUUCCUGCAAAGACCCGUCAAGGGUCAAACGGUACCACAGCACAGUCAGGGAUCUACACGACGAGAGGUGUGUAGUCAGUCUGUGAGUCGAGGUGUGGAUGAACUGCACACAGAGCUGUCGUCUCCAUGUUCAGGGGGAAUCGGCGGUUUCCCCGUGUUUGGAGGGGGGUAUCCCAGUGCACUGUCCCAUUUAGAUGAGGGAGGAUUUGAGCCAGACGAUGGGGCUGCAGAAGUCACCUGUAUGUGAUGGACCUACUCAAAGAUGCAAUUUAUUUUUCAAGUUCUGUCAGAAAUCUUUGACGAUUGAGAGCGGCAACUGACCUAAAAUUGACCACAUCACCAGACCACAAGAGAUUUGUGUUCCUGUAUUAGAAACCGACUCCUAGUACUUUUAACAUUUUGUAAAUUAUUUUUUAACAAGCCGUAACGUAUCAUAGAGGUUGGUUUUAUUUACUCUUGAAAGCAAAGUUUGUGUGCAAUGAUACUUUGAUACAGAGUAUCAAGAUAGCACUGAAAUUCACAGUUAUUUGCAUCAACAGUAUUUCGCAGCACUUGCACAAUACCACGCUCAGUUCACAUCACAUUUGUCUCAUGAUCAAACACCAACACAAUAUUUUCCUCAUCACUGUGAGUGUCCUUCCUCACUGUUCAUUUUUUGCUGUUCUUUUUCCUGUUCCUGUUAUACUCCGAACCAGCUGACAGUUCAGUUGUUUGUUCUAACACCUGCAACGGUUCAACGUGUCCAAACAGUCCCUCUGCAGACGUUUACUUGGUGUGCAGGUUUGCAUUUUCUUGCAGAAAUGUUCCAGGACUUGGAGUCAAAACAUCAGAAAUGCUCCAUUUAGUUUGGGAUGCCAGUGUUUAAGGGAAAUGCAUAUGCACUGUAAGCCUACAGCGCUUCAGAAUGGAAUUCAAGAACUAGCCUGUACUAAACACAGAACUUGAUGCUGUAGUCUGGUUUAUCAGAUCUGUGCCAUGUGUUCAAGUGGUGCUAAAGCUGAAUUUGUAUGUUAAUCUCCUGGGAAUUUCUUCACACUAUCUAAAAGGGAAAAGGUAAUACACUUCGAUUUGCAUGUUAAGUGGCAGCAUUUCAGUUUAAUAACUGCUAUGGGACUAUGAGCAGGGUACUUUCUUUUGUUUGCUAUAAACUGACUAGUUCUCCUCAGCUUGGUGGUCAAAUUCGAUUUAUCGGGCUGUAUUUUUCAAACUGAGCUGCAGUGGUGCUGCUUGUGCCACAUUAGAAUUUUUGUAGAAUUAACCACGUUAAGGGUU